CUGCUCGAAUCGCUGUUAACUCUCUAAAAGAUCUGAUUACUUCAAAGUCUUUCCUUCGUUUUACUAUGGAAGCGGUGAAACAUUUAAAAAGCGGGCCGAUAGCACGCUUGUCGACGAACAAGCCUCCUGAAUCAUACUCUCGGAUAUAUCACAGAUAAGUAAAAAGAUAACGCGAUUAUCGCAGGCGGGCGUGUAUUGCGUUAUUUCCUAGCAAGACGUUACCAUCGAACACCAUUUACCAAGACGUACACCAUUUUUCCGUUACCAUCGAUACCAAAAUGAACCAACAAAUUUUCAAGUUUCUUCUGUUCUUCGCUGCAUUCGGAUCCCUUUCGUGCUUCGAACAAUAUGGGAGCGCAAAGAUCGGCGAGAGAUGCGAAAGAGACCGUAAUUGCAUUCAGCAUGCAUAUUGUCGUGUACAAAUGACAUGUCUAUGUAAUCAGUAUUACUCCCCUACUUUUGACAUGUCGAUGUGCAUCGCCAGUGCUGGAUUGAGUUGCACGGACGAUUUUGCAUGCAGCACAAUGGCAAAUGCAGAGUGUAGACAAGGUGUCUGCGCCUGCAAGGAUUCCUAUAUAUUAGACAUAAAUAAUUCUUCGAAUUGUAUCAGUAAGCCAUCAAAGAUGGGCGAUCAUUGCCAAAGGACCGACGAGUGUCAGGACGCACUUGGUCGUGCCAUGUGCAUCAAUAACCGUUGUCAAUGCAUUUCAUCUUACCAUUUUGUCAAUGAAACGGCAAAAUGCAUUCAAACACGACUUUUGUACAACACGUGCUUGAUGGAUUACGAAUGUAGAGGCUUCAAUAAUGAAAAUGUCCUCGAAUGUAGGAACGGUGAAUGUGUUUGUAAGGAAGGAGAAGCGACUUGUAACAAAGGUUCCACUCUCGCGGCCGCUGGAAUUCUCGUCAUACUUUUACUUUUUAUACACUGACCACCUGUUUUCAUCAGAGGAACAAAGAAAUUUCAUUUCUUUGGUAAAAUCUUGGUAAUUUUCUAAUUAAUGCAAACAAUCGCGGAAUAAUGACGAAAAAUUCAGAAAUUCUUUUUUACUUGUCAAUACAAUCGAGGAUAAAAUACUAUUAUUU